UCAAUUAGCUCUCCUAAAUCUCAACUUCCCCUAAACUUAAAAAAUCACCAACUUACAGACAGACACCUCGACACCCAGAUUCACCGACCUCCACUGUGGCGGUGUCUUGUGUGUGCCCCCUCUCAAAGUCGGUCAAAAACCAACACUCUCAUCAUCCUCAUCCACAUCCUCAUCAUCUUCUUCUUCCUCUAGUUAUUCAUUUAACUCUUUUUCAUUUCCAUGCAUUCACAAUCUCACGUGACUCAUAUAGUCCACAACCCCAUUCAUGCUAACAAACAACUAUAAACCCUUUCACACUACGUACCUCUCUCUCCUUUUCCAAUAAAUUCCACCAAUGGCUAAACUUCAUUCCUCUUUCGCUCUUUUCUCUAUCUGUCACAUUCUAUUCACUUCCGGUGUAUUUUCAGCGACAUUCACAAUAGUAAACCAGUGCAGCUACACGGUAUGGCCAGGCAUAUUGUCCGGCGCCGGAACACCCCCUCUCUCCUCCACCGGCUUCGCCCUCCAAACCGGUGAAUCCACCGCCAUCCCCGUCCCCACCGCCUGGUCCGGCCGGUUAUGGGGUCGCACUUUCUGCACCACCGACUCCACCACCGGCAAGUUCACCUGCGCCACAGGCGACUGCGGCUCCUCCACAAUCCAAUGCUCCGGCAGCGGCGGCGCCCCUCCCGCCACCCUCGCCGAGUUCACUCUCAAUGGCGCCGGAGGCCUCGAUUUCUAUGACGUCAGCCUCGUAGACGGUUAUAACCUCCCAAUGCUUGUGGUCCCACAGGGUGGGACAGGUGGUGGGAACUGCACGGCCACAGGGUGCGUGGUUGAUCUGAACGGGUCGUGCCCUUCGGAGCUGAGGGUGAUGAGUGAUGGUGGAGCGAAGAACGUGGCCUGCAAGAGCGCGUGUGAUGCGUUUGGGGAUCCGCAGUAUUGUUGUAGUGGUGCGUACGCGACGCCUGAUACAUGUAAGCCGACUUACUUCUCCGAGUAUUUUAAAAGCGCGUGCCCACGUGCGUACAGCUACGCUUACGAUGAUGGGUCUAGUAUCUUCACAUGUGCCUCUGCAGACUAUGUCAUCACCUUCUGCCCAACUCCUGCCACCAGCUAUUUUAGUCACAAAUCAUCUUCUCAAACGGAUCUUGAGUCUUACCUGCUGCCACAAUGUUGUUGUGUCUUUUUUUUUUUAAAAAAAAAAUGAAUGUUACAUUAUUAGUGGUUGUUUUAGAGUAUCACUCUCUGGUUUCUAUCAUUGCCU